UCACAUUCACCGUGGGGGAAGGCUGCUCGUCGCUGUCAAUGGAAAACUUUUUACGUAACUCAAACGACGACAAUUUUCCCACCUGAAGGCAUCACAAUGCGCAGAGCCGAUCGCCUGCGUGGGGUUCUAUUUGCACCGUUGGAUAUUCCGUAGUCAAAAAUUUUCAUAUAUUUUAUCGAGUAUAACAGCUGCUGUGAAGCUGUUAUUUAAAUUCUAUUUACCUCCAAUCAUUAGGUUUUUCUAUUUGAUGUCGGCGUAUGCACGGUAACGCGCACCUGAAUCGGCGUGUGUAUUCGUGCUCACUUGAACGAGUAGACACGGCGACCGGGCUAGUGUAGCCUACAGCCAUAGGCGACAAACGUACGCACCCGGCCUUACCUCUCCAUCCUUCCUCACGCCUCACAGCUGCUGUUCGAGUCAUUUCGCCUUAGGUAGGGACCAUAGGGCCACUUUUUAGGAAACGCAUAGAAUCGUGAUUUGAAUUAGAAAGUUUUCUGUUAUUAGGUGAGACGCUAAAUGGUCAGCGUCUUAUCGAGUUCCGACUAGGCCAGGAAGCAGAGUCGGAACAGGGGCUGUCAGUAGCGGCAGCCGAGUUAAUGGUGCGCGCUGAAGCGACACCGAAAGCACGCCGUCUACGCUACACGCUCUGGGCGUUCACCGUUCACGGGAACUCGAGCGUAGGCGAACUCGCCGGCACUACAGAAGCCGGGGGUGGUAGAAGCGGUCGAGGAUGGCAGCGUGUAGACGUAACGGGUGCCGCGCGACGAUGGGCGGCGGCGGGCGCGAUGGAACCGCUGCGGUUGCUGGUCGACUGCAGCGGAUGCGCGGGUCGCGUGCGACUGCGGCUGGGCGGCGCGGCGGCGGCGCGACCGCUGCUGCGACUGCGGGUCGCAGCUCGCGCGCCUCGACGUCGCCGCGCACUCGACUGCGAUGCCGCCGCCCACGGCCGCUGUUGCAGACAGACAUACUACGUGAGCUUCCGCGCGCUCGGCUGGGACGACUGGAUCGUCGCUCCUGAGGGCUACUACGCUAAUUACUGCCGUGGCGCGUGUGAGCCAUACCUCAACUAUCACUCGCAGGUGGUGGAGGCGGCACGGCUGGAGCGCGCCGCGUGCUGCGCGCCCGUGCGCUUCUCCGCGCUCUCGCUCAUCUACUUCGGUGCCGACUCGAACAUCAUCAAACGCGACCUGCCUGAGAUGGUGGUCGAGGAGUGCGAUUGCCCGUAGCGGCUCUGUACAUAGCCUCCGCCGCGUCGCCCCGCCUCUCUCCCGCCGCCCAUGCGGUAACGCUUUCGCCGCUCGAAUCUGAUUUAAUCCGAAUCGAUUAUAAAUAAUAUUCUCGACUUGUGUAAUAUUUUGUUCCUCGCGUUCGAAAGACUGUAUCCUAAAAUCGAAUAACAAGACCGUCUGCGGUCGAUUCGUGUCUCGGGUGCGGUGCCGCUAAGACGUUUUGCAUUCCAGUGCGGUGCGCCACACGCGUGCUAUCGAGUUCUGUUGCGUUACGAAAACGUACCUCAAUGUCGCAACCUGCCAAAUUCCCUCGCAACCACGUGUGUGACGAGCCGUUGCUGCGACCGGCAGCCGCACGCCGCUGGUGCGUAUCGUGUGUAGGCAGCCUAAAUAAUUAAAUAUGCCGUUUUCUUUCACCCCGUUUGGUGAUCGCUUGUAAUUAUUGUAAACUGUAUUAUAAUAAUUAUUAUAAUUAUAAUAAUAAUAAAUCAACUUUUUCAUAAUUA